AUGCAACAACCGGUGCGGGCAGUAGCUUUUGUCCAAGGUGGUGCGCUCUUGCAGAGGCGUUGGAUAAGUGACUCAACUUGUCGUCGGCUCCUGGGAGACGCUUCGCAAAGGAAGCGUUUCGCAAAAGAACUCUACAGCGUCCCGGGCGUCUCGCUGAAGAGUCGUGCUCUGCGACUCUGCUCUACGACAGACGCUAGUGGGAAGAGUGUCCAGACGCCCUUCAGAACCGGCUCGAGGCCUGUAUUUGCGGAGAAUGCGGAGGACGCAAUGCCGAAAAACUUCGACCCAGCGGCGCACGAAGAACGCAUAUACUCCUGGUGGGAGGCUGCAGGUUUCUUUUCUCCAAGAGAUGAGGGCGUUGGCGAUAUUGAGAAGCCUUUUGUGAUCGUUAUGCCGCCUCCGAAUGUCACGGGCGGCCUUCACAUGGGCCACGCAAUCGGUACAACAAUCGAAGACAUCUUGAUACGUUUCCAUCGUAUGCGUGGGCGCCCUACCUUGUGGCUACCCGGAACGGAUCAUGCUGGGAUUGCGACUCAGUUGCUCGUCGAGCGAGCGCUUACUGCCUCCGGCAAGAGCCGCAGUGAGAUAGGCAGAGAAGCGUUCGUUGAAAUGGUAUGGAAGUGGAAACAAGAGAAGGGUGGGUAUAUCACCAAGCAGCUCCGAAGGCUCGGCGCCAGUGCUGACUGGAACCGGGAGAAAUUCACACUUAGCCCAGAGAUGAGCGCGGCCGUGGCGGAGGCGUUUGUGCGCCUUUACGAUGCUGGUCUCAUCUACCGGGGUACGUAUAUGGUGAACUGGAGCCCAGCACUGCAAACAGCUGUUUCAGACCUGGAGGUCGAGUUUAGCGAAGAGAAGGGAAAACUUUACCUAUUCAAGUACAUGUUAGCUGAACCGGGGUCCGAAGAGGAUGCCUUCCUACCAGUCGCAACGACCCGACCGGAAACGAUUCUUGGCGACACUGCACUUUGCGUUCAUCCCUCGGAUGGACGCUUCCAGAAAUACAUCGGCAUGCAUGCCAUUGUUCCGUUUGUUCACCGCCGCAUUCCAAUCGUUGCUGAUGCUCGGGUGGAUCCAUCGUUCGGCACGGGUGUGCUGAAGAUCACCCCAGGUCAUGAUCGCAUGGAUUAUGAGAUAGGCAAAACUCACAAUCUCCCCGUCAUUACUGUCAUCGGUAAGGAUGGCAGAAUCGUGCCGUACAGUGAGACAGAUGCGCGGUUCGUAGGGCUGGAUCGCUUCCUCUGUCGGGAGCGGAUCUGGGCGGAUUUGCAAAGCACCGGCCAAGCGAUUGAGGUUCGGGAGCACACAACGAGGGUUCCCCGCUCCCAGCGUGGCGGUGAGAUCAUCGAGCCACUCGUAUCGACUCAAUGGUUUGUGCGUACGCGGCCUCUUGCGGAAAAGGCUCUGGCUGCUGUUCGAGAGGGACAAAUUCGGAUCUUGCCGGAAAGGUUCGAGAAGAUUUACUAUCAUUGGUUGGAAAAUAUUGAAGACUGGUGUAUAUCUCGUCAGCUUUGGUGGGGGCAUCGCAUACCCGUCUAUUACAUCAAUGGUGAUCAGGAAAACUACGUCGUUGCCAGAAAUGUAGAGGAGGCUCGCGAGAGGGUCCGCGCCAUGACGGUCGGCGACUUCACCCUCGAGCAGGAUCCCGACGUGCUUGAUACAUGGUUUUCUUCUGGACUUUGGCCAUUUUCGACGAUGGGUUGGCCCGAUGAGAACCAACCUGACUAUCGCAAGUUCUUUCCGGGUUCUGUCCUAGAGACCGGAUACGAUAUUCUGUUCUUCUGGGUUGCCAGGAUGAUUAUGCUGAGCCUGGAGCUUACGGGCAAGAUACCAUUUGAGGUGGUUUACCUCCAUGGCCUGGUUCGCGAUGCGAAUGGAAGAAAGAUGAGCAAAACGCUGGGGAACGUCACUGAUCCCCUUGAGGUCAUCAGUAAGUAUGGAACCGACGCGCUGCGUUUCACACUCGUGACAGGGAGCAGCGCCGGGCGAGAUAUUCCUCUCGCAGAGGAGCGUGUAGCAGCAAGCCGUAACUUUGCAAACAAGGUAUGGAACAUUGCCCGCUUCGUCGUGAACGCAGUGGGUAGCGACGCAUCCGAGACAGCGCUUUGGGCGGAGCCCUCGAGCAAUGAGUGGACAGGGCUCAGCUUAAACCUCGCGGAUCAUUUCAUUCUCGCACAGUUAACACAGCUUGUACAUGAUGUUACUCAGCACCUGGAAUCAUUUGAAAUUGGCGACGCUGGCCAAAAAGUUUACGAUUUUUUGUGGGACGAUUUUGCGGACUGGUACUUGGAGGUUGCGAAAGCAGUUUUACGGACAGCGAACGGCGACUCCAAGGCGGCGGCGCCAUCCAAACGGAUCCUGGCACUCACUCUGGACACGAGUCUCCGUCUCCUGCAUCCAUUUAUGCCAUUUAUAACAGAGGCUGCGUAUCAGAGACUGCCCUCUGCGGUGAGCAAUGGACACGGAACUGCGCUUAUGUGCCAAAAUUGGCCGAUGCUACGAUUUCCAGAGAAUCAGGCUGCUGUUACGGGUUUUCGACGCUUCCAAGAGCUUGUCCGCAAAGUGCGCAACGCCCGAGCCAGCUACGGUGUCGAGCCGUCGCGGCGCAUAGCGGCCUGGGUUGUGGUGCGAUCGAAUAAUGAACUCGAGGACUUUAUCACGUCGUAUCCGUCAGUUUUCGCGUCUCUAGCCAAGAUAGAUGAGCAGCAGAUGCACGUUGUGAAUGUCCCGCCAGAAACGGAUUUCAUUCGAAAGUGUGUGCACGUUAUUGUCGACGAAAACAUAGAAGCGUUCCUGCCGGCCAAAGGUUUAUUUGACGUACAAGUUGAGCGAGAGCGUUUGAAUAAGCAGGUUCAAAAAAUCGGCGCCGAUCUUGCCGGGCUCGAGAAGCGACUCGGCGCAAGGGGCUUCCUCCAAAACGCACCGCCAAAUAUUGUCGAGGAAACAAAGGCAAAACACCAGGAGCUCAAGGAGACUAUCACCGCUAUACAGCAGCGCCUUCAGCUGCUAGAGGAUCUAGCUUGA